AGAGCCCCUGUCUUUUUGGGUAAUUCGACCCACGCAGGUGUGGCUGGACUUGACUAGCCAGUUAUUUUUCUCCGCUCCACCCCGCGAUCGGCCAGAGACAAACGCACACAAGCUGGUGUACGAAGUGAGUGACAACUUGGGGAUAUCGGCGAAGAAGUAUCCAAUAACCAUGCCAGUGACACAGCAGAUCACCACUGUCACCAGUGCACAGAGCUCUGGUGCCUGGAGCACAGGGAUGUGCGACUGCUUCUCCGAUAUGGGAACAUGUUGCUGUGGAACUUGGUGCUUUCCUUGCAUGCAGUGCCAGACGGCUUCUCAGUACGGCUGGUGCUGUCUCCUGCCUGUUCUGGACCCAUUCUGCAUGGUGGUGUCCUGCCUUCUCCGCCAAUCAAUGAGGGAACGCUACGGCAUCCAUGGCUCAUUCUGCGAUGACUGCUGCAUGCUCUGCUUCUGCUAUCCCUGCGUGUGGUGCCAAAUGUCCCGGGAGGUGAAGAGACAGGCCCAAAGGGGAGGGACCACCACUGUCAUCACCCAGCAGGUCGUGUCAUAAAGGGCAGGACCCAGACUGCCCUGUUCCCACACAAGUGGCGCCUUGUAAUGCAGAAAUCCAUAAACCCAAUGUGGAAGCCAUGCAAAUGUAAACAAGUGUCUCACUCAUAUAUUAAUCAGCUUUUUAUUAAAAUAGCAUCUUAGAAAUGUAGAUUCCUCAUUUUCGUCUGGAUAUUUUAUAUUUCUUUCUUACAUUACAUGGGCAGACUGAUCCGUUUGCUCCUAAGAGGUCAUUCCUAGUCAUAUUUUCCGUUCCUUUGUCCAUUAAAAACAUGUAACAGUCAGACUGUUUUGCCCAUUGAUGCUUAUUCCAGCUGCAUUCAUCUCUCUCUGUUUCUCUGUUGCCAAUCAGGGAGCACUGAUACCAUGAGACACACACACACACACACACACACACACACACACACACACACACAUGUAGGGUAUACCUAUCAUUAUGGGGCCCCGCUCAUUCACUUCUAUGGGAAAAAUGCUAACUAUGACAACCCUAACCCCCAUCCAGCCCUAACCAUAACCAUAAGUAAGCAAGCAAAAUACAAGAGUUUUUGGAUUUUUAACUUUUUCAUAGCAGUCACCGAUUUUUAUAAAAUAGAAUUUUCCCUUAUGGGGACCGGUUUCCUGGAAAGAAAACAGAUAUUUAUCACGUUAUGGGGACAUUGUGUCCCCAUAAGGAUAGGUGUACCCCCUCACACACACACACACACACAGGUCCCUGCAAUGUUUUUGUCUUUUGUUUUCCUUUGUGCAGCUUUUAACAAUAAACCUCAUCAAUGAU